AUGGUGCAUAAUGUCCUUCGACUUCGACCGUCGCUUAUGACAUUUUUUCAAUCCUUACAAGCUAGCAUUAUGGCCAUUGUCGACACGCCUCGGACAGGGCCCUGGGGCCAAACUAACUACCAGCUUCUGAACGGAGCUCGCGAAAAGUCAUACUACUACUAUACUCGCACAACGACAAGAACUUGGACCCUCGCUUGCUCGGUAGCAGCAAUGAUUUUCUUUCUUUGGUGCUUCCCGUUACUCCCGGCAAACUACAACCGCGUUGCUGAUGAGCGCCUGUGCGAUCAUCCCAUCUCUAUACUUGUGUCCGAUGCCAGGCAAGCAUUCAAUGAGACCUUGGAACGCCAGUCCAAGUCUUUGGAGGACGCGGUCGCGGAAUACCAUCGGCGUUAUGACAUGCCGCCCCCACCCCACUUUGAUAAAUGGUACGAGUUUGCGAAGCAGCGGAAUACAAUGUUGAUCGAUGAAUACGAUGGAAUAUACCAUUCUAUGUUGCCUUUCUGGGGGCUUUCCCCGAGUACGAUCCGCUCUCGCGUUAGAGAGGACUUAGGUUUCGACAAUGUUGUGAUGGGGAUAUCGAUUCGUAAUGGCGAACCGAUUCACCUGGGAAAUGGCCAGGGAAAUUUCCAGCGUGAUGCUGCAAUGAAGCAAAUUGGCAAGUUUGCACAAUGGCUUCCGGACAUGGAUCUCGAAUUCAACGUCCACGACGAGCCCCGUGUCGUGGUUCCUCACCAGGAUUUGCACAGAUUGGUACUCAAGGGCCAUGCAUCCCAUGCUAACCUGAAUCGCAACCCACUACUGGACACAUUCUCCAGUAGUAAUGAGACUUCACAGUCUAUCCCGGAAAUCUUCACCACCAGAUUUCUGAAUAUCGAAAAACAAGAAACCUGGCUUUAUUCCCGACUAUCUUGUCCUCCAGAUAGUCCGACUAUGGAUCUUGAUGGCAAUGGACCAGACAAUACCAGUACUUUUGCCCUCGAGCCUCUAGGCUUUGUCUUCAAUCAAUCCGCGUCCAGCGAUAUUUGCAACAGUCCCUCACUACAUCGUCGCCUGGGAAUUUUCGAAUGGCCGAAUGCCUUCAAGCUCACGAACGAGCUAGUUCCCAUGUUCUCGAUGUCACGUCCGUCUUUGUUUCAAGAUAUUCCUAUUCCCUCGCCUUGGUACUACGAGGAGGUCGGGGGUUAUGAGCCAGAACCGGAUAUUCCAUGGGAAUCACGAAGAAGCCAACUUUACUGGCGGGGAACCACCACGGGAGGACACAGCCAUGGUGGGUCAUGGCACAAUCUACAGCGACAGCGUGUAAUUGCAUCGCUCGAGCGCAAAUCAGGACAGCAAAUAUUGGAGCGCAAGGAAGACUCCACUUGCAGGUUUGGGGGGGACGAAGGAUGGACGGCUCGAAUGGCAAAUGAAACAGAUCUUGGCGACUAUUUCAAUGCUCAUUUUGUCGACAUCAUUGACUGUGAAGAGGACUGUGAUGACGAGUGGGACUUCUUUGAUGUUGUUAAUCGCGAAGAUCACAACGAGGCUUGGAACUACCGCUAUUUGUUGGACAUGGAUGGCCACGCCUACAGUGGGCGAUUUUAUGCAUUCAUGCGUAGCAAAAGCGUGCCGCUGAAGCUGACCUUCUUCCGAGAAUGGCACCAGGAACUGCUUAUCCCAUGGGUACACUACGUGCCACUCAACAAAGAUGUCAAUGAGGUACCGGAGAUUGUGCGCUUCUUCGAGCAAGACCCUGCUGGUCAGGUUAUUGCUCAGACCAUUGGCGAAGAAGGGCAGUCUUGGGCUGCUAAGGUGCUGCGGAAUGAUGACAUGGAUGUCUAUAUGUUCCGGCUUAUGUUAGAAUAUGCCCGUGUCCAAGACGAGCAACGCGAGCAUCUGGGCUUCUACGGGGUCCAAUAG